GAUGGACCUCAGCCUCAGAUCAACGUUAUGAACCUGAAAUAACACUUUCUGCCUCCUUCCAGGGACCGCCUGGUUCAGCCUACCAGGUCGUUGGAGGACCCGGCCCACAUGGACCAGAAGGCCGGAUGCUCCCGAGGACGCAGCCCACCAAAUGAGACUCAGCUUCCGCUCCUCUGACGUCAGGCUGUACUCUCUCCGGAUCCACAGGCGGCGGUAGGCAGCCUUCUAUCCGCCACGAGACGGAGAAGAAGAAUCGAACCAGCGAAGAAGAAGCUCGCGCGGGUAGUUUGACUGUUAUGCUAACUGCUACAUGAGCUAGCAGCGGUUGUGUCUGCGGAUCGUUGUCACCACCUCGGUACCCUGCUGAUCCCACGCGGGUCUCGUGGGGCAGUCAUGGACUUCUCCAAGAGCCGAUUCCCUCACCUGAUGCAGCCGAUCAGAGAGCUCACUAAGAACUGGGAGGUGGACGUGGCGUCAGAGCUCAACGACUAUCUAGAGGAGCUGGACAACAUGAGCAUCACGCUGGACGGAGGGGAAACCCGACUGAACUUCGCAGAGGCGGCGCUGCUGAUCCAGGGCUCGGCCCACAUCUACAGCAAGAAGGUGGAGCACCUGCACAGUCUGGUGUACCAAACCCUGGAGUUCCUCAACGACAGGAACAACAGGAAGAACAAACCGACGUCCUCCCAGGAAAAGGACGGAGCGGCGAGCGGCUCAGACGACGAGUUCAACCUGAUCGACAUCGUCGUCUCAAGAAGACCGAUGAGGUCCGAAUCCACCAUGAGCGUGAGCGUUGCUCCUCUUCUUCCCGAGUGUCUGAUUCUUCCUGAACUGUCAGAGAGGCUGAAGCUCCCACUCAUCAGUGUUGCGGGGGACAUCCUGUGCGGCCAGAAGAACUUCAUGAUGAACCGCUUUGUCCCAGGAGAGCAGGGCCUGAUCCUCCUCCCUUUGGGAUCAGGGGCCUCCAGGGUCCAGGGUGGAGAUCAGAACCCUGUAGACUUGCAGCAGAUAGCUGAGGUAGAAGAUGAGGGGAGUGACGCCCCGGUGGGAGAUGAGGGAGGUCACUUCUUCGACAACAUUGAUCUGGACCAGGAGCCUGAGGAGCAUGUGGAGCGACACCAGGUUGAGAGUGAAGGACGGCCCCUCAGACGAGUGGAGGACAGACCCCCGAGAGCGGAGGAGCCCCCUCUGUACCCGUGGCUCUUACACGACGCCUACGCCGUGCUGGGGGGGGACGCACCCCUGAAAGCAGCCAAGUGCUACUCCAUCCCUGACGGUCUGGACCACGAAGGGAAGAGGAAACGGAGACCAGCUUCUCCGCUGCAGGACUUCUGGAGCUGGUCUGAGAGAGCAUUUGAGCCUCUGACGCAGAAGUUAAAGAAUGGGCCGUCAUGUCCAGCCCUGAACUACAUUUAUGUGACCACGAUGGCAGACAGGCUGAGGGCCCAGAGGAUGAUCAACAAGAGAGCGGGGGUGGUGGUCUCUGACGAUGACCUGAUGAGAACCUUCCUGGAGCUGGAGCGGGAGGAGGAGGAGCCGGAGCAGCAGGGGGAGGAGCCCGUGGACGGUGGAUACGACGAGCAUGACGAACAGGAAGCGUUUCCAGACGACACACCUGUUGAACCAGACUUGAUCUCAGCAGGCGCUCAGGGAGACGUGCUGAGUUACGAAGACCUGGUGUUGCUGCGUAUGGAGCAGCUGAUGGAGAACAGUAAAGGGUGGUCUCAGGACACGGCCCUGUCCCGCAGGGUCCAGGACUGGGAGGACAAGAUGCGCCCCCUACUGGUUGAGCAGGAGCAGCGCCCUGUGUUCGACAUCCAUGACUACGGAGAUCGAAUCGUCUCGGCGCUGCGGGACGUCGGUCAGAGGCGAUCUUUCUCCUCCAUCGUCUCCGGACUACAAAGCCAUGAGGCCAGCAAGUACCUGGUGGCUUCACUGCAGCUGGCCAACGACGGCACGGUGGAGGUGGACAGCAUCGUGGCUCUGGAGGACAGUUUGGACUCGAUGAGACUGACGCUGCUCAGCGCCGAGAAGGCGAGAGACCGGCUCAAGGACAUGAAGACCUUCCCCUGAAAACACCUCAAUAAACCGCUUUGUAUUUAA